UUAAAAGUAAUAUCGGCAGGAGCAACUAGCUGCACCUGUGAAAUGUUGAUAUGUAAAGAACAUGAAAAUACAAACGGACUUCUUCAUGGAGGUAUGACAGCUUCGUUAGUGGACGUGGUUUCCACCCUCAUAUUGGCCUCUUCAGAGAAACAGGUUGCGGGAGCUAGUGUGAAUAUGAAUAUUUCAUUUUUACGGCCCAUUAAAAGCGGAGAAGAAAUAUUAAUCGAAGCAAAAUUACUUCAAGUAGGCAAAACGUUGGCAUAUUCGACCGUAGACAUUAAAAAUAAAAAAACGGCAAAAUUAAUUGCAACGGCACAUCACACAAAAUACGUAGGAUGAAUUUUUAUCAAUACUGUUAUUAUAAUAUCAAAUUGUUAAUUGCAAUUAGUUAACAUUAUACAGUUGUUAAGAAUACUUAAUUCUUAAACAAAAAUAGGCAAUAUUUUUUAUUUGAAUAUCAUGUAUAUUAAUUAAAUAAAUAUCUUCAAGGAAUUAAAUAAGAUUAACGAGAAUGUAAGACUAUUUCUAAACAGGAAUACUUUGUUUAAUGUAUGUAUAUUUAUAAAAAGAGAAAUUUAUUAAUAAAAUAGC